AUGGCCAUUGAGAAAUAUUCGUUGGAGAUUGGGUCUAAGCUUUUUGUAGACAUGCUCCUUAAGAUUCUGGAGUCCAUUCCACUUCGUGAAGAAUGCUAUGAUGAUGCUCCUCAAAAGGCCAUAUCUAUCCUUUCGCGUCACUUGGCAGCAGAUGCAAGCAUUCAAAGAUAUGCCGUACAUCGUGCAGCUGCGUCUCUUUCAAAGGUCAAUGAUGGGGCUUCGGUUAUCAUUGCCUUGGUUUAUAUCAUUGGAGAGUAUGGCCAUCUUCUUGCUCCAGGGCCGUUUUUCCAUGAGGGCCAUUUGUUGGAUGGCAAUAUUCCAACUCCCGAUCAAGUGUUGUCGCUUCUUGGGGCCAUGGUAUCCGGCAAAGAGGUGAGCAUUUUGCGUUGUUAA